AUGGAGACUAAGGAUAGGGCAGAAUAUAUCGUGCAACUGGUACGGAAUAAUUUAUUAUAUUAUCAGCUAUGGACCAAUGUGUGUGUCAACGCUGAACAGCUAAAUUGGCGUGGUCAAAUUUUUCAAGUGAUCACAGGAAGACCUUCUCAUAAGUUAAGCAAUGACGCCGCAGCAGAAGGGGAUACCAAGUUAGAAUGCGUACUACCCGUGGAGAUGUGUGAUUAUAAAAAUAGUGAUUUGACAUUGGAAUGUUUGGACCAAGUCUUUACAAAAUUGUGCAAUAAAGAUUGCAAAAGACUUACACUGGCAAUUGUGAAUAAUGAUGGGACAGUGAUGUUCUAUUUCGUUUAUAAAGGUAUACACAAACCAAAGAGGAAUUGA